AUGGAGGGAGACCCCCGAACCAAUUACAAGGCCCUCUGCCGCUCUUCUACUACUCCUCGAACUCAUGGCCACCGCCUUCCAUGCUCGUCCUCACAACUUCGUGAUCAGUUUCCGUUCCUUCUCCAUCGUUCAGGAAGCCCCAAAGCAAUGUUAUGCUGGUCCGGACUGCCCAAAGACCUACUCCAGUCGAUCCUUCUGCGUCUAUCGCUCGCCGACCACUUCCGGUUCGCCGGAGUCUGCAAAGAAUGGCUGUCCGUGGCUGCCCAGAAUCGCCCUCCGCCGCUGCUGUGGCUAGCAAUGCGGAGCCGCCACGUCUCUCCCUAUGCACCGAGUUUCUUCAGCCUCCACGAAGGCACCUUCCGCAAGGUCUCAGUUGAUCUACCGUUGUCCCAGCGAAUUGGCAGCAACGUGUGGUUCCACGGAGCUUCCACGGGAUGGCUCCUCCUUUCGGCCUCAGGAGGAGGAUCCCACGGAUACUUUCUGUUCAACCCCGUCACACGUCGGCGAAUCUAUCUCCCGACGGAAUACAACCGCCGGAAAAUCAAACCGAUGUUUCCAGCCGGCUUUCUCUCAGAAGCCGUUCUGUCCUCGCCUCCCACUUCCCCUGACUGCGUCGUCGUCGCAGCAGUAGUUGCAAUGGGGCAUUCUUCCACCUUGGCGUUCUGCAGACCGGGACAAGAGCAGAGAUGGACCGUUUUCUAUCGCCAAGCAAGGAUUCACCCGAAGUUGGUAUUCUGCAAGGGCGAACUAUACGCCCUUGACAUCACGGGGAAGGUGAGGGUCUACACUUUCGAUCCCCAGCCGAGAUUGAAAUUUUCGAUAGCGCUUCCUGUUGGCGAUGUCGAUACUUUGAGAAUGGCUGAAUCGGAUGGGGAGCUCCUGCUCUUCCUAGGCGAUUACCGGCGGGAGAUCUCGGGGUGCAGCAUCUAUAAGCUGGACGUCGACCGGUGGAUUCGGAUCGAGAACUUAGGUGAUCGAGCGUUAUUGUUGGGCCUUGACGGUGGGUUGGAUUCUUUCUCUACGAAGGAUGUCACUGGAACAGGUCUUCGAGGUAAUUGCAUCUAUUAUUGCAACAGAGGGAUGGGAGACGUUGUCCAGGUAUUCUCAUUGGAAGAUCGGCGUUUACAGACACUUCCUUGUCCUGAUGAUUAUCGUGGGGAUUUUGUGGGACUCAGUCUGAGGUGGUAUACUCCCACAUGGUAG